AUGGUAAUUUUUUACUUGAACAGUAUUGGAAGUUCAUGUACUCUUCAUAAAGAUUGUGACUCUGGUGUAUGUACUUUUACGGGUCCUCAACAAGGAUAUUGUGUUAAAAUGUGUAAAAUUAAUACAAAACCAUCAGGUUGUGAUAGUAAUGUUAACUGUACAUCACAAGCUGACAAUUCUAAAACUGAAGCUGAUGGAUGUACAAUAAAAACUAAGGAAUGUGCUGUUGAUGGAGAUUGUAAAUCAACUGCAACUCCUAUUUGUAAUCAGUAUAUGUUAAAAUGUGAAGCUGAACCAGCAACAACAACUGUAUCAUCUACUAAAAAUAUUAAUAAUUUAUCAACAAAAUCAUCCUCAAACUCAAUGACAACAACAAAAAAUAAUUUUAAUAAAUUUUCAAGAAAACCUAGUAAUCAAAAUAUUUGCCAAGAUAAAGUAGUAGGUGGUCAAAAUGAUUGUAUUCAUUUGGCAAGAUUUUGUACAAAUACUAUUUUCAAACCAAUGAUGACUGAUAAAUGCCCUAGGACAUGUGGCUUUUGUAAUUAUGACAAUAGUAUUAAUGGAGGCAAUACCAAUGGUAUGGGAAAUAAUGGUAGUAAUGGAAAAAGUUGUAUAGAUAAAUUAGAUUCAUGUUAUAGAUAUACAGGAUUAUGUAAAUCUCCUCAAUAUGAAGAUUUUAUGAAAAAAUACUGUCCAUCAACAUGUGGAUGCUAA